CAGGCAAGUUGGAGUGUGAGAAUCGCUCCUGCCCUCUGUCUUCACACACUGCUGCCUGUAUGUGUGUAUCUGUGUGCGACUGUGUGCGUCUGUGUGCACCGCCUCUCCCUCCUGCACUCGCUCCCUCUCUCUCUCUCUCUCUCUCUCUCUCUCUCUCUCUCUCCCUCACACACUCAGACCGACCGAGGGGGAGAGAGAGAGAGAGGGAGAGGGAGUGUGAGGGGAGAGAACACAUCGCAGCAGAGAUGCAGCAGGAGGUUUUCAGAGAUUUUGGGGGCUGGUCAUGGUGUCCGGUGAGAAGGUGUGGGACCCCCUCCAUGUGGGCCUUAUUCAAUCUCAUCUGAGUGAACAACACCUGGCUGCUGGCCUAAAUCCUCUCUGCAACCUCCAACAUAGUGCAACUGAGGAAGCCACGUGCCGCCCGAGUCAGCAGUUGUCACCUUUGUCUUCCCGGCCACUGUCAUCAUUGGCCUUCGACACUCUUCACCCUGUCCAGGUCUUCUCAAUAGUACACAAGCCUGACAGUUCUUUGGGCUCGAUUGAGAUUGAAGGGCCACGCAAACCAGUCUGCUGUCUUGGAGUGGCCUCUCAGCAUCAAAAAGAGGAGGAGGAAGGGGCUGAGCAGGUGGAAAUGAAGCCUAAAAGGCACGGAGGUCGAGGAGAGGCCGUGAUGGAGGACAUGCCUGAUGGACCUAAAAAUGCAAAAAUCACCUUAAGCUUCCCACUUAGUGCCGCCCCCCCUUCCAACCUCUCUGACUUCUCCAAACCACUGCCGUAGCUCCUCCCCUUCUCCCCACAGACGGCGGUUGUCCUCCAAAAGCUCAGAUGAGGGGGCACUGUGGAAAUUGGACGCUACAACGGAUGUAAAGCACAGACCUUUUAAGCCUCCGAGGCACGACAGCUCUCCAUCCUCCUCACCCUCCUCCUCGUCAUCUCCCAUGACUGUGCAUUCACUCGUCAGGAAGGACAUAAAAUCCCCACCUCCUCUGAAGUGCUCUAAACUUAAUGCAGACACUCCGUUUCACAGAUCGCCCCCGAGGUCCUCCAGCGGGUCUUUAGGGGGCAGUUAUGGUGGGGAUGGAUGGGAGGAGAGGCACAAGGUGGCCAAUGGUACAGCCUCGCCUUCUCAGACAGCUCAGAUUCUCUUCAGCUUGGGCACUUCAGCUUAUCAGAGAGGUGGGGAUGCAGAGAGGAAAGAAAAAAUAACAGGAAGACCAGCUGGCAAAGUUGGAAGCCCUCAUGGACCAAGCCUUCACCCACCCCCCCUCCACCUCCCUCCCCCAUUACCACCACCUCCUCCUCCCCCUUCUGAGGGUCUUACCGCUCCACCCCACUCAUCCUCCUAUUCCCCCACCGACAGCCUAAAGCCUGAGCUCAUAUGCGGGGUGUGCCAUCGCCUCUUCAGCUCAGCCUCCUCCCUAACAGUCCAUAUGCGGCUGCACCGUGGCAGCCGCGCCCUCAGCUGCCGCUAUUGUGGCAAAGUCUUCAUCCACAGCAAGAGACUGCAAUCCCAUGAGGCCUCCUGCAGGGUGCCAGGCCUACCCUCCAGUAGCCUGGGCCCUCCUUCUCUCACUGUGCAGCCAAAGGAGGAGCCGCUGGAGGAGGGUGAGGUGAGAGUGGAGGGGGGAGUGAUUGUAGGCGAAGCAGACAUCACUAAGGCGCGGUCAGGGAAGAAAGCACGGAGCCUCCUGGCACGCAUCCAGAGUGAUGAUGCAGCAGCCACAGAGCUACUGGCGGGUGAUGAGAACCAUUUUGUAAAGGUGGUAGAUGGCAAUGUCAUUUACUUCUGCUCUGUGUGCGAACGCUCCUACAUGACCCUAUCGAGCCUCAAACGUCACUCUAAUGUGCACUCCUGGCGCCGCAAAUAUCCAUGCCAUUAUUGUGACAAGGUCUUCGCCCUAGCUGAGUACCGCACGAAGCAUGAGGUGUGGCAUACAGGAGAGAGGCGCUACCAGUGCAUCUUCUGCUGGGACGCCUUUGCCACCUACUACAAUCUCAAAACACACCAGAAAACCAUUCAUGGGAUUAAUCCAAGCCUCAUCUCCAGUGAAAAGACAGCUAAUGGGGGCUAUAAGCAGAAGGCUAAUGCCCUCAAACUCUACCGCCUUCUCCCUAUGCGCUCCCAGAAGAGACCCUACAAGACAUAUAGUGACAGUCUGCAUAAUGGACUGCUUCUGCCACCCACUGAGUCACCUUCCCUCUCUAUACCUGGCCUGGGCUGUGCUUUGAGCCCUGGAGAGGUACAAACUAUCAUUAGUGGGACUCACCCGCAAAGUGUAAAGCCUGACCCAGAUGCUUUCCCUGAUGGCUUCCCUGUUUCAGUGGCUGCUGAGCAAAGGGAGCUAUCCGUGCUAACACCACUCCCCCAAACUGACAUGCCGCAAGUUAAAAAACAUGAGAGUGAGGUAGUAGAGUUGGAUCAGGGCAGAGUAAGUGGUAGCCUCAAAAUGUCUAGUAGCAGCAAAACCAAAACUUCCAAGACUGGUAGAGGCACAGACACGAGUAUGCCUUCUGUGAUAACAUAUGGCCAUCCAAAACCUUCUGUCAUAGUCCAUGGAACAGCAGUGUCAUCCUCUGUCAUUGUGCAUAGUAAUCAGGUCACAUCUGGAAGUGACAAAAGCCCAACAAACAGCUUGUCCCCUUCAACCAGCAGCAGUCAGACGUCACAUAAGGGCAGUCCUAGGUCAAUCAAAAAGCAGAGGGAUAGUGCAGAUAAUCACAGAAAGAGGUCCAGAGAUAUCUCAGAUACAACAGAGGAUGGGUCAAGAAGCAGACAGCGUUCAGAGACAGGCAGAUCAUGUCACAAAUCACGCAAGUCCCACAGCAAGAGUGACACAUCUAACUCAAAGCAGCAGAUGCCAUCUGUAGGGUCACAGGUCAAAGAGGCAGGGCCGCUGUGUCAGAUUACAGUACGUAUCGGUGAGGAAGCGAUAGUAAAGCGCAGCAUCUCUGAGACAGAUCUUAGAAGAGAUAAGAGCCUUUCUCCCCCAAAAACCAAGCGGAGUGAAGCAUCAUCUGUGCGGGAAACCAAGGAGCCCCGCCACUCUCACUCCCACCACCAUCACCAUAAACACCGUGUCCACCAUAGAGCCAGCAUGGAAGAAGAGGAGGAUGAUAAGCAGGGAGGAGAGUGUGAGGAAGAGGAGGAGGAGGAGGAGGCGGGGAAGCAGAGCUGUACGCCCCCCGAGGAAGUAAGAGAAUACUACUUUCGUCGGGAGGUGCGUGAGCAGGACAGCGACCAUGACACGGAGGAUAAUUUGUGGCGGCCUUACUAUUCAUACAAGCCUAAAAGAAAGGCACAAGCACACCUGCAGAGGGUCAAGAGCUGGCAGAGGAAACUAAAGUACAAACGCUCCAUCCGGCUGAAGAGGAGGGCAGAGAGACUUAAAAACCGUGUGAAUAAAGAGACAGAGAAAUCACAAUAUGAGGAUGAGGGUGGAAAGACUGAGGAGGGUGAAAAAGUUAAAGCAGACAAGGUGGAAGGGAAAAAUAAAAAUUAUCCCCCUUCCCCUUUAAAGGAAAAGAAUAUAGAGGCUGAAGAACAGGUUAAAGAGGCCCAUCAUGAAGCAUCCGCCCCUCAUCUGAACUCUCCAAAGCCUCCUCUGUCUACCUCAGUGGCUCCUAUGGGAAUAAAGAGGCGACCUUGGACUAAUGGAAAUGCAGCAGAGUGUGGUACAUGUGGCCGCUGGUUCUCAAGCCCCAGGAAGAGAGACAAGCACGAGCUGAGCCAUCUGCUGGAGUUUGUUUGCCUCUUCUGCAGAGCCACUUUCCCCUCGAGGGAGAAGUUGGAAGAUCACCAGAGGGCCCAGCAUCCCAAACCCACCGAGGCUCCCUCUGUGCCCCCUAAAGUAGCACUUGGUGAACAAACUGAAGGGGCUGGGGUGAAAUCUGUUCCAGACAUUGCAAAAUACGAUGAGGAAAAAACUGGGCAAGUAGUAAUGAGUAAUUCUAGUCCAAGUCGGCUAAGCAGAAGAGCAUUAUCACGACACACCUGUCUACAGUGUCAUAAGGUCUGCAAGACAUCUUCAGCGCUAAACCGACACUUAAGGCGUCAUGAGUUAAGCAGUUCCCCAGAGAGAGAGAAAGAGGAUAAAGACUUAGAGCCAAAAACGCAAGAUACAGUUAUUAACACUGUUAGCAGAGACCUAGAAACCGAAAAAGAACAGGUUCCCAGUGCUCUCUCUGUUUCAGUUAUCAGCUAUUCAUCCCAAGAUCCACCCCGCACCGGUAACUGUUUGGCUUCACAGCAGCAUGAAAACCAUUUCACCAAACAGACAAAUGAACAUAACAUGUCAGCAACAUGUGACAAAACCGAACUGCCAGAGUUCAAACACCCCGAGAGAGAGCCCAGCCCCCAAAUUGCAGACCCCCCAUUUGAAACUCCCAUUAAUCUUACACCCAGCAAACCUGAGUUCACAUCAGCCACACCCUCUACUCUCCAGAGCGUGCUGGUCAUGAACGGAGCUGAAUGUCUGGACUAUCGCACACCAAGCAAAAAGAACUUAGACAGCCACAUCCAUAGAAUACCCAGUCCUUUACCAUCAUCUGCCAACGCUUCUCAAAAUGUGUCCGUAACGUCACAGACCAGAAUAACCACUGGUGCUCCUCCUGUUUCCAUGACAACACCUCCCAGCUCUGAGGGGGGAUUCAAGAAACAGGAUGGGGUCAUUAUGGACAGAGACAGGCAGGGUGGGAGUGGUAUAUUUCUACACGCUGGUUAUGAAGAACCCCCUCUGGUCCAUGAUCUUCGUGUCCAGUCCCUGUCUAGGUGUCCCUCUCCUGAUGAAGCACAAGACCUGACCAUGUCAUCUAUUCUGGCCAGAGAGAGGGAGAUAGAGAGGCAAAGAGAGAAAGAGAGGGAGCUGGAGAGACAAAGGGAGCAAGAAAUAGUAAAAGAAAGAGAAAAAGAACGAGAGAGGGUCCAGCAGAUGACUCGAAUCGCACACACUCCAGAUGACCAGAUCGCUUUGUUGGUGCCUAAAGAAGAGCCGUUAAGUCCUGUGCCAUCCCCCCAGCAUAUCCCCACUCAAACCACUAUGAAUGGACCCUCCUCACACAGGCACCCUCCCAAAUCCCCCUGCCGGUCCCCCUCAGCUAUUGGACUCAUAGCUCAAGCCAAGAUCCACUCCAGUUCACAGGGACUGGACCGGCUCCCCCUGCCCAGUGGAGCAGCUGGUACUGGAGAUCGCCCCUCCGCCCAUGCUCUGCUUCUCCCCAGAGCCCCCCAGCCACCUGAGCCAGACCACCAGGACACUGUUGCUUCCAGAGAUUCCCAGCAGGGAGAGGCCACCCCGGUGGGUUACCCCGCCCAGGAUUACCCCUUACCCCUCAUCGUGCCGGACAGCUACCGGUCUGGCAAGAAGCAGGACGAAAACCUGCUCAUGUCCUCCUAUCCCGCCGGAACCCUUCCUUUCAGCCCACUGGGAAAGGUGAUGGUCCCUAAUGGUGGGGACCUGACAAAGCUGCCGUUCUACCCUGACCCCUACCAGCUGCUCUACGGGCCCCAACUGCUGGCCUACCCCUAUAACCUGGCAGCUCUUCCUGUGGCUCUGAACAUGAUGGCACCUGGGGGGGACAAGGUAGAGCCGCUGCCUUUCCUCCCUGCCAUCUUUAACUACACUGCUGGGCCCUACAUGGGCACGGCACCUCACCCGCUGGUGGCCAAUCCUGGCCUCUACAGCAACGGCAACAGCAGCGGCAAGAAGCAACGGGACAGCAGCAGCAACAAACCUUAGGACACGGAAGCACUAUAAGGAAUAUAUUUCAAAGGGGACAGCCUGGCCUGUUUAGGAUGGGAGUGGAAGGGGUGUACUGGGAGUACACUGGCACAGUACCCCUGCCUCUAUUUUAUCCAGUAGAGAUCAGAGCUAGGCACUAAAUCAGGAGCAGGUGUGAAGGGGGAGAAGGAGCAAAGAAGAGUGGUUGAUAUUAUGUCACGCUCCUCUAUCUUUACUCCUGCUUGCCUUUCCCCAAUAUCUCCUGUCUUUCUGUAGUGUGUCGUAGUCCUAGAGCUUGAUUAAUCUUCCUCUCUCAUUAUAUUAUCUAUAAUAUAAGAAUACAAACUGCUAACAGGGUGUGUGUUGUGUGAAAAAUUAGUUCAGUCUGCUUCCCUUUAUAGUCGUCGCAUAACAAGGAUAAACGUUCUUCUGGGAAGGCUUGUGUGGGCAAGGAUAAGCAAUGAAAUAGAAGUCCUUACUCAACACAAGGUGGCGGAGAAUUAAGCAACACAAACCUUUAUGUGCGCUUGUGUGAGCAAAUGAGAACGCAGGUGUAUCCUUCCGUCAAAACUGUCCAUGAAAGUUACACACGAGCAUGCACAUGUGCGUGGGAGAUUCGUGCAUGUGGAGGUGGGCUUAUGCAGGUAUUAGUGCAUAUGAGUGAAAGCGUGUGUGUGUUUGGCGUAUGUGCAUGAAUGGCUUUAUCAUUCCGCGUGGUUCUGAGAUGCACACAAAAUUCCUACUUUAGUUGGAAUAGCUACUGUAGGUCCGUGUGCAGAAGUGCAUUUAGAAGCAAUUCCUCGUAUCCAAAUGUGUGAGGAGUGGAUGUUAUGGUGGGAUGCGAGUUUAUGACAAUGACAGAUCAUCUGAGGUUCGUAAGUCUCGACUAAACUGGCGACUCAAAAACUAAACUGGUGGCCAGAUGACACUGUACGAUCUGUAUAGCAUUCACCAUAGUUUAUACCUUAUGUGCACAAAGUAGAAAAGUAGUGGUCACUUAAAGGGGACACUUGUAGCUGCUUUGGAUAUGUAGCUGGCCACUGGGUAAGAAUUAAAGGCUGGUAGACCAUUGCACUUCCUUUAUUUUCAUCUCAUUUCCUUCAUGUUAAAAAAAAAAAAAUGAACUGAAUAUAAAACCUGUCAGCCUUCAUCUUGUGAGUAGCUUUUUCCUCUUUGUUGGAAGAGGAAACGGUUCCAUUUCCUAGGCCAGGAAGAAGAGACUAAGGAAGGAAAAUAGAAACAUGGAUUCAGGGUAUUGAGUUAUUUCUGGGUUGGAAAAGAAAUAUAGUAUGGGCACAAAACUGUGGGACUCUUAAGUCAGAACCCCCUGCAGAAAAGCCCCCCCCCCCCACUGAGGGGAGAUUGGAUAUGGUCUGAACUAUUUCCCUUCCUACCCGGUGUCAUUCACUAAGUGGUAGGACAAGGCUGAGCUCAGCAGCCAAAGUGGUGGCCGAAACUCCCCAGUUGCCCUCCUGGGGCUUUUUUUUUUUGUUUGUUUCGUGUAAUGUUCUUUCUAUGUUUGUUCUGUUAAUAUAUGUCAUUGUUUAUGUUGUUUAGCCCUCUUACCAGAUGAAAGUGGCUUCAGUGAAAAGGGGAGUAAACUUAAAAAUAUGAAUGUAAAUUUAGUCAUGAGGUUAAUGAAGUACAGCUGCAUUAAUGGUAGAGUUGGUUUCAGUUCCUUUUUUGUUUCUUUUUGACACAAAUAACCUGUUAAAGAACCGUAUAACGUCUGGUAUGCAUAUAUACAGUAGUCCUAGGAACAUGUCAGUAAAACUUGGGUUCUCUAUCCACAAAGCAUGAGCAACACUUGCUUCCUAACCGUUUAUAUCUUCAGCAAAUCUGGCAUUGUGCGCAAAGCUUUCAUUUCCUUUCAUAUUUUUCAGGUCUUUUAACCUUCCAUAUCUCAGUUUAUAUUUUUUAUUCAUUAUACAAAGAUAAUUAGGGGAAAACAAAACAAAACAAAAAGUCAGAAUCAGCUGCCACAUUUAUGUCUCACUGUCACUAUAUAUGAACUGUUGAAUUCUCCCUCCUCUUUAAGGCACACACAUGCACCCCGCCUCCUCCGAACGAAGUCCAUGUGAGCGUGCAUGUGUGUGCGACGGUGUAAAAACAAAGCGUGACCAACUGCAAGGGCGCACAAGCAUCCCCUUGGGUGUGGUUACAAGCCUUUUGCGUGCGUGUGCGUACAUGAGAGAGCGACUGCGUGAAUACGAAAACCAAAAUAAAUCUGCCUAAGCAGCAUAUCCCUCAACAGUAUACAGUCCACCUGUUUUGUUUUUUUUUUUACUUUCUUUUUUUUUUUUUUCUUUUUUUUUUUGCCUUUCUGUGGGUUAGUUUCAGUGUAAAAAGCCUUGCUGUCUCCAAUACGAUAUCUCAAGCCAUUCCUGUAGAUGGACAUGUUUGUGUUUUUUGGACCAUUUCUUAUGCCAUCACAGUUAUCAUACAGACCAAAAGCAUGCAAAUUGACGUAUUGUAGUGACUGGACUGAAAUCUGGUGGUAAUAUUCAACUAUUUACUGUAUGUUUUAGUUAAAAUGAAUGUGCCUCUGCUUUGAUAUUUAAUAAUUAUCUAUAGUACAAAGUGGAUCUGCCAGAUUUCAACUGUUAAGGUGCCUUGUUAUGGCAUAAGAAAUUUGAUUCGUACAUGAGUGAAACCUGACAAUAUGAUUUUGGAGAUAGAUUUCAUGGCUUUGCUAUGAAGCUGUUCAUAGAUGUAGGGGUGUGGCUAAACUGUUUUGGUAUUGUGUACAUGUCUAGGGUAAAACUGUGCCAUAUAGAGCCCAGAAAAUAUGUUAAUGUUAUUUUUAAAAGAUGUUUUAAUGUUGCCUGAUGACUUUGUCUUUAGAUUUGAUACAAAGGCUUGUAGCCACAGCUCCCCCCAAAGUCUGUAGCCUCCUUUUCUGACAUUCUACUUGUUCUCUAUCUCUCGCUCUUUCUCUCUCUUUCUCUCUCUCUCUCUCUCUCUCUCUCUCCCUCCUCGUUUCUGUCUCCUUUCUCUUUGCUGCAAUCAAACAAAAUAAAGUAUUAACCUGAUGACCCAACAAAACA